CCGCACCCAGGAGUGGGGGCAAAAGUCCUCAGCUGGGCAGGGCCACAGAUCAGGCUUGGUUUCUGCCGGCAGUGGCCCCCACUCCUCCAGACACCAUGAGUGGUCGAGUUGGAGACCUGAGCCCCAAGCAGGCGGAGACCCUGGCCAAGUUCCGAGAAAAUGUGCAGGAGGUGUUGCCCGCCCUACCCAAUCCUGAUGACUAUUUCCUUCUGCGCUGGCUCCGAGCUCGGAAGUUCGACCUGCAGAAAUCAGAGGCUAUGCUCCACAAGUACAUGGAGUUCCGGAAGUCCAUGGACAUUGACCACAUCCUUGAUUGGCAGCCCCCAGAGGUGAUCCAGAAGUACAUGCCUGGAGGCCUGUGUGGCUAUGACCGGGACGGCUGCCCGGUGUGGUAUGACAUCAUUGGGCCACUUGACCCAAAGGGCCUGCUCUUCUCCGUCACCAAGCAGGACCUGCUUAAGACCAAGAUGAGGGACUGCGAGCGCAUCCUGCAUGAGUGUGACUUGCAGACGGAACGGCUGGGGAAGAAGAUUGAGACCAUUGUGAUGAUAUUUGACUGUGAGGGCCUGGGACAGAAACACUUCUGGAAACCUCUGGUGGAAGUGUACCAAGAGUUCUUUGGCCUCCUUGAAGAGAAUUACCCAGAGACCCUGAAGUUCAUGUUCAUUGUGAAAGCCACAAAACUGUUCCCUGUAGGCUACAACCUCAUGAAGCCCUUCCUGAGUGAAGACACUCGCAGAAAAAUUAUAGUAUUGGGAAGCAACUGGAAGGAAGGCUUGCUGAAACACAUCAGUCCCGAGGAACUACCUGCUCAGUUUGGGGGAACUCUGACCGACCCAGAUGGGAACCCCAAAUGUUUAACUAAGAUCAACUAUGGUGGGGAGAUCCCCAAGUCCAUGUAUGUGCGGGACCAAGUGAAGACUCAGUAUGAGCACUCAGUGCAGAUCAAUCGUGGCUCCUCACACCAGGUGGAAUAUGAAAUUCUGUUCCCAGGCUGUGUCCUCAGGUGGCAGUUCUCCUCUGAUGGUGCAGACAUUGGCUUUGGGGUUUUCCUGAAGACCAAGUUGGGGGAGCGGCAGCGAGCCGGGGAAAUGACAGAAGUACUCCCCAGCCAGCGUUACAAUGCCCACAUGGUGCCUGAGGAUGGGAGCCUCACCUGCUCAGAAGCUGGUGUCUAUGUCCUGCGCUUUGACAACACUUAUAGCUUUGUCCACGCCAAGAAGGUCAGCUUCACUGUGGAGGUGCUGCUCCCAGACGAGGGCAUGCAAAAGUAUGACAAGGAACUCACCCCUGUAUAGGCAGCUCGCUCACUUCUCUGAAACCCCUGACCCCCUCCUUUCUCUAUCAAUAUCCUACCAUCCUCCCUUCCCUCAGAAAUUGAUCAUUAAUCCUCUUGACUCUGUGAGAUUAGUGAGUAGAGAAAGAGUUGCCUUGGGGAAGACUUAUGUGCUGUGGUUAGAUCAGGAAAGGUAUGAGAGGCACAGUUUUGGAGGAUGCCAAGAUUGCAUAAGAGGAAGAAGCAAGGUGAAAGCAAGAGGUGAUGUCAUUGAAACCCAAGAAACCAGAAAAUGAAUCCUUAGCUUCUGUCCUCACUUCUCCUAAGGCAUUUGUGUGUGUUCAAAUUUCUUCCCUAUGAGCUAUGAGCCACUUGGGUUACAGAUAUAUCUAAAUUCCUUUUACUUCUACUCCUUAUACGGUAGAUGCUCAAUGUAUACUUGGGAAGUUGAAUGAAGGUAGUGAGCCUGUAAUUCACCAGUAUGCAGGACAAGAAGGAGCUUACCCAGAGCAGAUUUCAGCACCUUGGACAGAGACCAGGCUGUGGACGGGGUAGGCUUUCCUGGAGACCCAGGUGAUCCAGCCCCCUGGUUUCUGGGAGUGGCUGCCCCCUCAGGUAGGUAGGAGAUGCCUACAUAAGGCUUUGUCUGAUUCAGGGCACACAGCUUUCCCAACCCAUCACUCCCACCUUCACCCCCUUCCUUUGGAACUCACAGCUUAUAUUUUAAGCAAUUAAAGAAACUUUACUGAAAGCAAAA